UCUACAAACCGGAAGUGAGAGCUGGGUGCAGUGGAAGAAGGUGUCGUCCGGUUGCUGUUUAAAUCAGCAUCCACCAUGACGGCCAUAAAACACGCACUCCAGAGGGAUAUUUUCACACCCAAUGACGAGCGUCUCCUUGGCAUUGUUAAUGUCUGCAAGGCAGGAAAGAAAAAGAAGAACUGCUUCUUGUGUGCUACUGUUACCACUGAGAAACCUAUCGAUGUUAAAGUUGUAAAGGUGAAAAAAUCAGACAAAGGAGACUCUUACAAGACGCAGCAGACAUGGGAGCUUCGACUUUUGACAGCAGUAGAUGCCAAAGAUGCAACCAAGGAAAACCCUGAAUUUGACCUUCAUUUUGAGAAGGUGUACCGAUGGGUAGCCAGCAGUAUCGCUGAAAAAAACUCCUUCAUCUCCUGUAUUUGGAAGCUGAACCAACGUUAUUUGAAGAAGGUGGAGUUUGUGAAUGUCAGUCCUCAGCUCCUGGAAGAGUCUGUGCCAAGUGGAGAGAGCCAAAGUGUUACUGGCGGAGAUGAAGACGCUCUGGAUGAUUAUCAGGAGCUGACCACUCGGGAAGAGCAGGAUAUUGAAAGCAUGAUGGAAACGUGCGAAUAUGCAAUCUCCAAUGCUGAGGCUUUUGCUGACAAACUGUCCAGCGAGCUGCAGGUUCUAGAUGGGGCUAAUAUCCAGUCCAUCAUGGCAUCAGAGAAGCAGGUCAAUAUCCUGAUGCAGCUGCUGGAUGAGGCUCUGACUGAGGUGGACACCAUUGAGGGUAAACUGAGUAGCUACGAGGAGAUGCUGCAGAGUGUCAAGGACCAGAUGGACCAGAUCUCACAAAGCAACCGCCUCAUCCAGAUCAGCAACACCAACAAUGGAAAACUGCUGGAUGAGAUUCAGUUCCUUGUGCACUACAUGGACCUGUCAAAGGGUCAUAUCAGGGCCUUGCAGGAAGGAGACCUGUCUUCUCCUAAAGGCAUUGAAGCCUGCAUCAAUGCCUCCGAAGCUCUUCUGCAGUGCAUGAACGUGGCUCUCAGACCAGGUCACAACAAACUGAUGGCUGUAAAACAGCAACAGCACAUGUUCAGUGAGCUGAGAGAUACAUUUGCUCGCCGCCUCACCAAUCACCUCAACAAUGUCUUUGUUCAUCAGGGCCAUGAUCAGAGCUCCACACUUUCCCAGCACACAGUGGACCUGACCCUGCCCAAACACAGCCCCCUUCACAGGGAUCUGCUACGCUACGCCAAGCUCAUGGAGUGGCUGAAGAACACCCAGCGGGAGAAGUACGAGGGCCUGUGCGAGGGUCAGUGCUUUAGCACCUAUGUUGACUACAUGAGCAGACUAUAUGAUCGAGAAAUUAAAGAUUUCUUUGAGGUUGCCAAGAUAAAGAUGGCAGGUAACCAGGAGGCAAAGGGCAAAUUUGCCACGCUUCCACGGAAAGAGAGUGCCCUCAAACAGGAAACGGAAAGCCUGCACGGCAGCUCUGGGAAGCUGACUGGCUCGACCUCAAGCCUGAACAAGCUGACUGUGCAGGGAUCCAAUAGCCGGCGUUCCCAGUCUUCAUCACUGCUGGACAUGGGUAACAUGUCAGCCUCUGACCUCGAUGUGGCUGACAGGACCAAGUUUGACAAGAUAUUUGAGCAGGUCCUCAGUGAGCUGGAGCCUCUGUGUCUUGCAGAACAAGACUUUAUCAGCAAGUUCUUCAAACUGCAGCAGCAUGUGACUGUUACACCACCUCUCGCUCAGCCGGAAAUGGAGGACUCGGAUGGAAGCACACUCCAAAGAAUGAAUCCCCAGGCAGAACACAGACACUCCAUGUCUUCAGAGAAAGACCAGGUGCGGCUGAUGAUGAAUAAAAUCUUCCAGAGCAUUGAGACGGAGCUAAACAGUCUCAUUGCUUUAGGCGACAAGAUCGACAGCUUCAAUUCUCUCUACAUGCUGGUGAAAAUGAGUCACCACGUGUGGACAGCUGAGAAUGUUGACCCUGCGUCUUACCUCAGCACUACUUUGGGAAAUGUGUUGGUCACUGUCAAGAGGAACUUUGACAAAUGCAUUUCUUCUCAGAUACGACAGAUGGAAGAAGUGAAGAUUUCUAAGAAAAGCAAAGUUGGCAUCCUCCCCUUCGUUACAGCUUUUGAGGAGUUUGCAGAGCUGGCGGAAACUAUCUUCCGUAACGCAGAGCGCCGAGGGGACCUAGAUAAAGCUUAUGUCAAACUUAUUAAGGCUGUAUUUUGUAAUGUGGAUAAGGUCGCCUCCGAAAGCCAGAAGACUCCAAGGGAUGUAGUGAUGAUGGAGAAUUUCCAUCACAUCUUUUCUACACUGUCACGUCUGAAGAUCUCCUGCUUGGAUGCAGAGAGGCGAGAGGCCAAACACAAAUACACGGACCAUCUACAGGCCUAUGUCAUCAACUCUCUGGGCCAACCUCUGGAAAAACUCAAUCAUUUCUUUGAGGGUGUUGAGGCACGUGUGGCACAGGGUGUUCGUGAGGAUGAAGUGAGCUACCAUCUGGCUGUGAAUAAACACGAGCUACGAAAAGUUAUCAAAGAGUAUCCUGGGAAGGAGGUGAAAAAGGGGCUUGACAACCUUUACAAGAAGGUGGACAAACAUCUGUGUGAAGAAGAAAGUUUGCUACAGGUGGUGUGGCACUCCAUGCAAGAUGAAUUCAUCCAGUACAAGCACUUUGAAGGUUUGAUCGGCAGAUGCUACCCCGGAUCUGGAAUUACGAUGGAGUUCACCAUUCAGGACAUGCUGGAGUACUUCUCCAGCAUUGCACAGUCUCAUUAGUCUGGCUGCUAUUCAUUAUUUUACAGUACUUUACUACUGCCUCACACUAGAUGACUAUAAAUUAAACACUCACAGCU